AUGAGUGAAGUAACAAAGGAAGAUGACAGACCAAAGUUUGUCGAGACGAAUGUGUCGGCUGAUAGAGAGAAGCCAAGAACAAGAGCCCUCACUAUUGGUGGAUCAAGAGUUGCACCAACAGCAACAACAACAACUACCACAACGACAAACACUGAUAAUAUGUCAACAUCACCAUCUUCAGCCUCAUCUUCAUUUCUAUCAACAUCUCCAAACGGCAACAGCAAUGACAUGAGAAGCCCAGAUAGCUCCGCACCGACACAGACACAGACAUCUACAGAGCCACCAAUGGUUGUUCAGAUUGGAUCACCACCAAAGAAUACCAAUGGAUCAGUUGUAAAGAAGAAGAGUAAUUCAAGCUUCCUGUCUGUGAAGGAACGAGUUCCACGCUCAUUGAAACCAAAGAAGAAGAUAGAGUACGAUCAGAAUGAUUUGGACAAUGCCAAUAGGAUUGUGGCCAUCAAGGAUAAGGACACAAAGCACAUCACUGUCAUUAUGGAACUGGACACUCCGGGUCCCACACGAGACAUGUACGGCUUUGUCUUUGACGGGCUCGAGUUCAUCGAGGAGCUACACAAGUUUGAAAAGGCCGAAGAAGAAAAGGCUGCCAAGAAGCUUGAGAGCUGGACUGCAUUCAACGAGCAAUAUAGACAUGUUGGACUAUUCUCCAACCCAAAGCAACUACACAAGCUUUUGUCCAAUGGUAUACCACAUGAGAUUAGGUUCUCGCUGUGGAAGAUAUACUCGGGUGCAGUGGAGAAGCAGAGAAAGGAGGAGAUUGAGUUGUUCAAGAAACAGCGAGAGGAGAAGAUAUCAUCGAGACUGAGAGGAAUUGGAACAAUACGCGGUCUGACACCGCCAACACAGCGCAAGUCAUACUAUCAACAUCUGCAUCACAUCAUCCGCACUUCAAACCGCAUGUCGACGCGAUUCCAAUCAAUACCCGAGAUCGACAAGGACAUCUCGCGAACAUUCCCCGGCCACGCGUUCUUUGAGUCGGACGAGGGCCAGCGCAAGCUGACUCGCGUGCUGCAGGCCUACUCAGUGCGCAACCGCAAGGUGGGCUACUGCCAGAGCAUGAACAUCGUCGCUGGCUACCUACUCUUUGUCAUGAACAAGAAUGAGGAGGACGCCUUCUGGCUGCUCUCGACUAUUGUCGAGGACUACUGCCACAACUACUACUCGACCAACCUGCUGGGCGCACAGGUCGACAUGAUCGUCUUUGAUCACCUGACGCAGACCCACCUGCCCACGCUGUACAACCACCUGAGCAAGUGCAGCGUGUCGCUCACACUGCUGUCCACCAAGUGGUUCAUGUGUCUAUACAUUGGCAUCCUCCCCAACGAGAUUGUCUUCCGCAUCUGGGACCAUCUCUUUGUCGAGUGCGGCAUCUAUGGACGCAACAAGCCUGCCACCGAGUCUGAGUGGCUGCGACACAAGGAAACAGACUUCAAAUGUCUUGGAUUCGCAAGCUACAACCUACUGCUCACAGGACUCGCCAUCCUUGCCUUCAUGGAGGAGUCACUCCUCAAGUGCCACUCCACGCCACAGCUUCUGACCACACUUUCCAACGAAGUCAAGGGCAUAUUCAAUGCCAAGAAGUUCUUCAAGAAAUUCAACUCUUGGAAGGAGAAGAUAUCACAAGAGGACUUUGCAGAGUAUAAGAAGGGCGCUGAGUUGAAGCUGAUACAAGAGUUGGAAGACAUGAGGAAGCUCAGAGACCUGAGCAUCACUGCCAAGAUCACAAGAUUUUCAAAGACUGACUUGGAGAAGAUUUGGACUGGAUUCAGGAACUUGAAUCUUAGUAUGAGCAGCAGCAGAGUCAGCAUGGGCAAGUCACUCAAGUUGGACUUUAACUUGUUCAGAAAGGUGUUCUCGUACAUUCUACCGGCAUCAGAUAACAAUGGUCGUGAUGUACUGGUUCAACAACUAUUCAAGGUGUUUGACAAGGAUAAGGAUGGCUCGCUUGACUUCUCCGAACUUAUGAGUGGACUGUGUAUAUUGGCCAAGGGCACAUCUGAAGAGAGACUCAAGUUAUACUUCUCAUUCUUUGAUAGCGACAACUCUGGAUUCGUGUCCAAGGAGGAGAUGAAGCUGAUGCUGCAGACGGUGUAUGAGAAGAUUGAGUUGGAUCCUCUGGCAGUCACACAGUAUACCAUCGAGGAAUAUGUAGAUAUAGUGUUCUCCAACCUUGGCAUUGUGAACGAUCAGCUGUCAUUUGACAACUUUAGACAGGCCAUACUGAGCUAUCCGAGGAUAUUCAGAUGCUUCAUGAUUGAAGAGGAGACAUUUAUCAAUCUGGACUUUGAGGAGGACGAAGACUUUGGCAACAACAACAACAACAACAAUGGAGGUCUGAGUAGUGAUGAGGACGACAACAAUAGCAAUCAGGAUGCUCUCUCUGCUGAAUCAUCAACACAAACAUCACCAUGUCAGACACCAACGACAAGCAACAUACCUCCUUCGAUACUUGUGGCUGAUGCCAAGACCACAACAAGCAUGACAAGCUCGACCAGUAAUGAAGAGCUCGUGAGUGGAGGCGGUGGCAGCUUCCUCAAGACCAGCGCGGAGCAUGACGACAAUGAACCAAAGCGAUCAAAGAGCAAGCUCAACCUCAACUCCAAAGGCAAUACACUCAAGUCGUCCACCAGCUCAAUGUUCAAAUCGUCAUUGAUCCAGGCAAUUGAGCAUGCACAGAAGGAUCAGGCGACACCACGAUCAACACUAAAUGGACAUUCAGAUGGCAUAAAUUCAUCAGACCAAUCCAACAACAACACCUCUGCUGGCAAUCCAUCGGUAUCGACCACAACAUCACAGCAGACUCUUGACACACCAACCAAGACAACCAGCCCACCAAUGACACCUACCAGUCCCAAGAUCAGAAGGAAGUCCAUUAUCAACAGUGGAGAGAUGACCAUGCCACCAAGCAAGGAUGGUCAUCCAUUGAGUUGUUGUAAAUUCAUGUAA